AUGUCUGCUUGUUUUUUGUCCAAACUCAGAGCACACAAGCCCUACCCCCAUCCUAAGUAUGAAGCUGUCUACCAAGCGGCAACAGUUGUAUGUGAGUGGCGAUGGUGGGUGGUUCAGUUGGCCUUGCAGCGAUGUGAGCUGUAUGGAAAGGACUGUGCUGACUGCUGUCUGGCCAGAGACCCCUACUGUGCCUGGGAUGGACAAACCUGCAGCAGAUACUUCCACACAAACAAACGACGCGCUCGCAGACAGGAUGUCAAGUACGGGGACCCGUGGAGCCAGUGCCAUGACAUAGGAGAUGGUUCCGAGUCUGUGGAGGUGAAGGUGAUCUACGGGGUGGAGAGUAACUCCACCUUCCUGGAGUGUGUGGCCCACUCUCAGCAGACCUCCAUCAGGUGGACGCUGCAGCAUCCCCAGGCCCAAACCAGCAAAGAGCUGCUUCAGAGUGAGGAGCGGCUGGUGCGUCUAAAACGAGGCCUGUUAGUCCAGGGGCUCGAGCUGGAGGAUGCUGGCCUGUACACCUGCCUGGGCCAGGAGCACUCCUACUCCAAGGUGUUGGCUCGAUACAGUCUCCAGGUCAUCCCCAGACACCACCUGACCAGCCCAGGCCCAGGGAGGGGCCCCGGAAGAGCGCUAGCAGACAGGCACUCCGAGGGACUCCGUUCCCAACUCCUUCAGAGGAACUACAAGGAGCUGCAGCUGGAGGGCGCCACGGGGCUGAGCGUGGACGAGUACUGCGAGCAGCUGUGGUACAGGGAGAAGCGGAGACAGCAGAAGCUCCGCACGCUCAAGUGGAAGCAGUCGGUGGAGAGCCGCAAGGCCCGCGUACGAAGACACAACCCUCCCCGUGACAACCCUCCCUAUGACAACCCUCCCUAUGACAACCCAUCUCAGUGAUGCCUGAGAGGGGAGGGGGGGGCAGAGAGACUUUGGGGAGGAUGGUAUAUAGUCUUCAGUUCUAAGGAGUUAAGGGACAGAGACUUUGGGGUACAAACUAUAUGAAUGGGAUUGUAUAGCCUUCAGUUCUAGGAAAAGUGGUUUAGGAAACUUUCUGUUGAAGAAAGGGGGUAUGUAUAUUAGUGUUAGUUGGCUAUGCACAUGGAAUGGACCUUCAACAGAUAUGAAAAAAAAUAUUGAUAAUAUCAAUUAUGUAAUGAGUUUUCAUGUUACCCAAUAGAGAUCUAUUUUUGAUAGACCUUUUCUCAAUGCAUUUCUUAAACAUAAGCGUGUGUGUGAAGGGGACAGUGAGGUUGUUCCUGUCUGAACUACAUCCCCCACAGGUGGCAGUGGACUACAGGGCUCAUACAGGAUGUGUUGCAUCACCGUUAUACAACCAAGGAUGUCCCUGAAAUAUUUGACUUCUUUCUUGGCAUAAAAACAUGUCUUAAAAGUGUUUCUCCUAUGUGACAAAAAACCUGUGUAAGAUUUGCAGCUCAUGUUUGCAUUUGUCAUCACCAGACACUUCUGCUUCAUCUAGCCAUCAGGCUCACAAAGUAUGUGUCGAGGGAGACCCAUGUAAUAAAUAAUGUUGAAAUCAUCCCGCAAAUAACUUCUUGUGAGACAAUUUGAGACGCCCAAUUCUUUGUGAACCUUUGUCAAGAUUCAUAAACAUUUAAAGAAUGUGAUCUUUACCAUUUUCAAACAGGUUUUCAUUCCAUAUUAGUAAUACUUCUGCUGAUAUUUUGCUUAGCAGUUUGAUACAAUUCAUGUCAUUGUCUGUACAGAGGCGAUCACCCAAAUCUGUUAUGAAAGGCAUGUAAUGUAACUAAUCUAGCAGCACCAUCUAGUGUUACUUUCAGUGCACAGCAGUAUUUUUUUACUACAUUUAUGUUUCCCAUUCAGUUGGUCAAAUUAACCUAUUUAUGCUUAAUCAUAAUUCACUACAUAAAAUACAUAAUGUUUUAGAACGUCUUGAGUGAUAUUCAGUGAAAUGGCCUGAACCAUCCAACAGUGUGAAACCUACUAAUAUUGAUGAUGCUGUCAAUUAGCAUUAGUCCUGGUGCAAGAUGUUGGAAUCAAUCAGUGCUCACAUCAUACCUUGAGGAAUGAUGGUGUUCUGAGAUUUGAGGUUGGGAUUUGCUUCAUUUAUGUUUCUGAGGCUCACAUCAACCAGGAGAAAAUCUGAACUUCAGCAUUCUUUCUGAAACAAUUUUGACAUUGAAUAAAUGUAAUGUUGACC